GUGACUAUCAUCCAGGCCUUUUGUGCCUGUCUUCUCUUCACGACCCCAACUUGGCCUCGGUCAGCAAAUUGCACAAAGAUGUGACUAUUUUCUAUGAACCCCCCAGCAGUGGGGUCGCUAGCAGCUAAUCACAUCACCUGUCUGUUUUACGGAGGACUUGCAUUCGCGAUAUUGCCUUGCAACACCUCUGUAUUCCUUCCUAAGAACUGUCCGGCGUACCUGCGACUUAAUUUGUUGUUAUCAAAAAAGCCAACUUCCGAUUUGCUCUGCUGUAGAGAGCUAUUUAACUGAACGCGAUAGAACGAGACCCGCGGAGUUUGUGUAUAUACAGUAGUGACCUUCCACAAUGUUCUUCGAAUUCUUAGCCACUGAGCUCGUGCUCCACGUGUUCUACUCCUGCGAUUCCAUCGCCGAUGUUCUCAACUUGUCCCAAACAUGCCACCGAUUUCAUAGAAUUUUCAUCGGUUCGCAAAAACUACCUGUCCUAGCCAACGCCGCUGAAGCCGAAUAUGGCCCCUUACACGAAAUUGUUCAACUUGUUACGCAAAAUGCAAGCCAACCUGCGCAUAAAGUCCGUCAAGCACCAAUGUCAACUAACUUACUGGAGCAAAUUGUCCAAGUUGGAAGGGUAGCAAGGCGCUGGGAGGAAAUAUAUCCUAUCAAAAAAUGGAAAGCCGACUAUGAGAAUCGGCGACUUUUAACCGAUAUAGAGCGUUUCCGUCUCCGACGCGCUAUAUACCGGCUUUGGCUUUACUCGCGGGCGUUUCAUAGUCCUUCGUUCCCGCGUACUUCGCGGGUUGUUCCGGUCAUUGUACGAGAGCGUGCUGAGCUGCUCCACAAUUGGUCGACCAGUGAAUUGGCGGAAAUGGAAGACGUUCGACUAGUCAUUCGCGACGUCGUUCAAAAUCACAUAUGUCCGAGUAAUGGGACUAUCCAGCGCAAGUUUCACAAGCGUUAUCCGGACGCUAAAAACUCAUUGUUGUUUAAUAUACAUCUCAACUACCCUCCACCUACAACAGAAUUUAUCACGAGCAGCAGCAACCAUAAUAGCUUUGAUACCUUUUUCUUCAGCUCCCGCUCAUCCCAUAGCGGUCCUAGUGAUGACAACGGACCAUUUUGUCACCACACAUCUCCACCAAACAAAUACGCUACUAAAUUUCGGUCCGAUCUAUACCAUGAGCCCGGUCUUGAAGGUUGGGGUGAUGAAAUACCACACUAUUACGUGGUUGAGGACAUGCUGAAGUUGGAUCCAAGUCAGGUCCUGUGGUUACGGGAGAACACAUUGUUAAAGGAGCAUGUGGAAAGAUAUAUUAAGUCCAUGGGGGAGUGGUUUGAAAACAACGGAGAGACAUUUGCGCAGACGCUAGAGUGGGUGGUCAAUGAGCGUGGAGAGGACAUACUCUCAUUUCGAGAGGCUAUUAGUGACGGGGAAUUAGGGAUUGCAAGGACUGGGUAA